AUGGAGACACCAAAGUCAGAGGAACAAGACCAACUCUCACCACCAGCAAACGCCGCAACGUCCCGAUAUCAGUCGCUGAGACGCAACGCAACCGCUUGCAGGGGGCUCAAGCAGCGCCGUUACCUGCAGGGGCCAGUGAACAAGGCCUGUCUCCUGUCCGGCGCCGGCGGCCCUUCCCACUGGGACAGUUUGGGGCCGGCCCUCCACCUUAGGCUUGCUGGCUAUUCCACUUCGCGGGAAGAGGGUUUGCUAGUGCCCCUGCGUACCGUAACGAUCCUCACUGGCCGACUCUCCCUCUUUGAGCCGUCUCCCAGCGAAAAUCUGCACCGCCAUCGUCAUUUUCAGCUUGAUGAUCCAUUCUCUUCUAUGGAGUACUCCGUAUGCAUCAGGCAGGAGAGGCUCUGUUUUCCUCAGGUUUUUCUUUCUCAACCCGUCGUGCUUUGGACCCAGAAAACGCCGUUGGCAGGGCUCUCUGUUAUGGAAUGCGGACCGACUAAACGGUCUUGGGCAUUUUCUUUUCCCGCCAACAGCAUGGCCUUGGCUUCGGUUAGGAUUGCUUCUCAUUGUGCCAAGUUCAAUGGCGAAGGAGACUCUCACUCGAGAGAACAGAGCCUUCGGUCCUUCGCCGCUAGGAGGGACAACGGGUACCAAUCUGGCGGUUCUCAUGCAUAUCACUACCAGCGGGCAUGCAUCAUCCCUUCUCACGCCGGCCGCUACUACAUUGAUCUCGAUCAUCGGCUCCAUCACAAACAAGGCAUGGAGAAGUUUUUUCUUACCUGUUUCUUUCGAGCAAUCAAGACAAUCCAUCUUCACACGCUGCCCCGCUCCAGUACGAACACAAAGUCACAAACACUAUCUGCUAUCGCGCAAUUCUCUAGGCCGCCAUCUUCCGCGCAUCGCCGACGUGUCAUCGAUGGACACUUUCGGCGGCUGCUCCGAUGGGCGAGUCCAGCCCAGAUGCCUCCAAAGUUCAUCAUACCUCUCCCUUGGGCCUUGGCUGAAGCUAUGCCAACUCCGAAAUGUUUCCGGAGAGCCGGAUACUACCCAACUUUCUCAGUAGACUCCACAACCAUACACACCAUAAGCAUAGUCAGGAACGAGCUCGGCCAUCUCAGGAACACGCAGAGCACUGGCCACGGAAAACGUUCAGCCCAUAUCUCUUCGGGCUGUCCCGUCCCCGAGCUUUCUAUAACCUCUUUCUGUUGCCGUUAUGGCUUUCCCUUGCCUCGGACUAUCGACACAAACACCAUGAGGGGAACCUUCAACCUUUGGACUAGUCAGCUUUGUGGUCCAACUACGGAGUACCUACUGCCAAGAGGCAACUCUUUCUUUUUCCAACUCUCGGUCAUCCUACCCGAGCGGCUAAUAGCACCCGCCAAACAUGAUGGGCAAAAUCAGCAGGCGAAUGGUGGGUGCUUUGAAGCCUUGCCGCCUGCUUCUCACACUUUUACACAACCCUUGACAGCCUCUGCAGCAUGGGAGCACUUUCUCAUAUCUCUCCUUUCGGAUCCGCCCUUCUUGGAGGAUCCCUUCCAGUCAUUGUUGACUCAAUGGACGGACUCGCUACCUUUUCCAUAUCUCUCAGUCUGUCAAUUCUACGUCAGCUCGACUACGGCAUGCGCUGGUCUUAAGGACAUUCGCUAUCGAGCCUCAAGGCUACGGAGCGGAAUUGCCUUUGCGACCCGGAUGGACUGGAGUCACUGGACGGGGCUUAGAAUCACGUCAGCGUGCGGUCAGCUAUCAUGGUUUACUCCUUCACACCAAGGCUACAACUUUCAGCUACGGAUACGGCUUUUGAUUGACACAGGGGGACACCAGCAGCAACCGAGAGCAACGCAAGGCACAGGAUCGGAGCUUCGUCUUCUUCUCUCCCACCUCGGUGAUGCUGCUGCUUGCUGCACGCACCUUAGAAAGGUCCGAGCUCCUCCUGCUCGACGGACCAACCAGAGCGUCAGACUCCGAGUUCGAAAGCUGACCGUCGACCAACUUGCGCCGCGCCAGUCUGCUUGGUUCCCUGUUUGGAUCUUCCACCCAACCCCGAUUCCUCCGCGCACGCCUACGUUCACGCCCGCGCCGCCCGCGCACCCUCGCCCUCGCGCGAUUCUCUUUCUCUCUCCCGUCUCUUGCGCUCACGUCUCUCCAGUCUCCCCGUCCGCUGGUCGUCUCGUCUCGUCUUUCUCUCUCUCUCUCCCCUCAGUCGCCGGCUUGCACCCCCCGACAAUCGACUCGAAGCUCCCCCAGCCACCCUUCACGGGACUGGGUGUUGCUCCGGCUCAAAGUCUCUGGCACUUUGUUCCUUGGGACCUACAGGCUUUGGCUCUUUACCUUACUACCUCCGGCCGGCUCUGCCUCGCACACGCUCCCUCGCAAACAGUAUGGCACAAGGCGCACCACGGAGCUGAGAGAGGGAGCUCCCCUACCCCCCUCCUCAGUCCUCACUCUCUUGCGCACCGCAACGCACCACACCGCACCACACUGCCUCGCACUCUCCCUCCUCUCUUCUCUUCCUCGCGCCCGCCCAUUGCGCUCCCAGAGAGCCAGAGCUACCACCAGUCGACUCGCACCCACCCACCUUUGACCUUGCCCCGUCCUCCCCCCAUAGCUUUCCUUGCGCCAACCUACCUACCUUGCCUACCUUUCGUCCUGGCCAUCCCCCAACUCUCUCUCUCUCUUCUCUCUUUACUUCUCCUACAUAUCUCUCUCUCUUCCCAUCCCUCUCUUGCUUGUCUCCUACUGAAAUCUCAUCCCGAGACAACCUAA